AUGUUAAGUGCUAUUGCGGAUAGCUUACAUUAUCAAGAAUCAGUAAAAUUUAGCAUUAGCUCAUUCUUUGAAUCGGCGGUACCUGUAGCAAUACACCCGUUAAUAGCUGCAGGCUCGGAUAGAUGUGAAACAAUCAAGAGGUUUUUUGGCUUAACUUAUGACCAAAUGCAAAGCAAAAAUGUUCAGAAGUUUCACGAAAAUCUUAAUAUAGACUUUGUUACCAACAAAGGAAUUGUGAAAUUCAAUGUAACUACUGCAGACUUUGUAGCUAAACUUAUUGAUCGUUCGAAAACUACUGUUAUUUUGAUUCACGGCUUCAUGGAGAGCUCGGACGGUUUAAUGGUAAAAGCAAUUGCCACUAAAUUAUUGACAAGACAAGAUAUCGAUAUAUUAGCUUUAGACGGCCGAAAUGCAAUAACUUUUGAAUAUUUCCGAUCUACAACUUACGUACGAAUAAUCGGAGAAAAACUGGGAGAAUUGCUAAGUAUUAUAACAAAAGGCGGCCAGGACGCUAAUAGAAUUGUUCUUAUAGGACACAGUUUGGGCGCCCACAUAGCUGGCGUAGCUAGCAAAACGUUUCAAGAUCUCACAGGUAGAUCUAUUGGACAUAUUAUAGCUUUGGACCCUGCUGGACCAUGUUUCAGCAACAUUAGUCCCGAUAACCGCCUGGACCGCAGUGAUGCAGCCUACGUGGAUGUUAUUCAUACUAACGCCGGUAUACUUGGACUAAAAGAGCCUGUAGGUCACAAAGAUUUCUAUCCCAAUGGCGGAUUAUCACAGCCGGGUUGCUUCUUUUCUACUUGUGACCAUUCCCGAGCGUGGGAGAUAUUUGCAGAAUCUAUAAACUCCCCUGAACGUUUUCCUGCUCGCAAAUGCAGCAACUGGACAAUGUUUCAUAACGGGAAUUGUGUAAAAAACGAAGUCGCUUUUAUAGGCAUUGAUUCAAAAUCAGGCAGUGUUGGAUCUUACUUUUUGCAUACCGCCUCAUCCACACCAUUUGGUUUAGGAGCUGCUGGUAGCAGAUAA